CGCGUGCGGAUUUUGCCAAAAGUAACCAAUCGUGGGCCCACAAAAGUCGGCUACAUACAUGGCCCCACACGGCUCAGAAGCAGUUCGUGUCCCUCGGAAGAGCAUUUCGAUGUCGGAUGUGUUCCUGGCAUGAACGGUUCAGCCCUGAGGAUCUCCCAGUGGGUGCGUGAUGCAGCCCAUAUCACUAUCACAGUUCCAUAAACGUGCCUGUUCCUGAAUGCACGUGCAAAGACCAUGAGUUCAGUUACCCUCCAAGACGUUGAUGUGGUCGAAGCUCAACAGUUGCUGAGGCGCAACGCUCGGUUGUUGUCGGCUCCUCGCGAUCCCGCGCGUAUGGAUCAUGGAGUCAUUCAUCAUCACACAAGGCCAGAUGUGGGGGCACCACCCUCCAUUACCUCUGCUCUGAGCUGGCAACCGUUGUGUUGUUCAUCGAACGUCCGGGGGCGUGGAGUGUGGCGGCGCGCGGAAGGUGUGACUGACGUGUUCCACGAGGUGCAGGUUCCCGCUAUUCCCAAAAGAAACCCCAAGCUCAUGCAAUGGCUUUUGCAAAGCAAGAGAAAUGUGGUGAAGUGGAUCAGAGUGAGGCGAAGCACGCGUAAUACAGCGUUACAAACCCACAGGUUCGCACGCGAACCACAAAGGAUCAAAGCAGUUUUGACAACAAUUUAUGCAGUAGUGGGUUUGUCGAUUGCUUGGCUACAGGGUGGGAUGUCGAAGGACAGAGAUUUACGAGAAGUGUGGCAGUCUGUGUCGCCUACGCCGCACCGUAUGAUGAGGGCUUUCGUGUUGCAGACAAAAUCGGAUAAAAGUCCUAGGGUUCACAAAUGUGGGAGAGCUUCAGGGCUGACCUGUCGACGCUGUACUAAAUGACAGGACUUUCAGAGGCUACAAUAAGGUUUGCAUCGUAGCCAGCCUUUUCUGCAACGUAAGAGGAGGGCCGCGAGCAGUUCUGCCUAAUACCGCAGCUUUGCUGAAAAACGCCUUCCAAGAGUUGAACCAGCCGUGCCAGCCACAGCUGUUGUACCUCCAGAGA